GGUUGUUCCCUGAAUGCCACUCGGCUGGGCCCUCCUCCUCGCCCUCCUCCUCCUCCCUCGCUUCUCUCUUGCUGAUUCACUCUCACAUGUUGGCAGCUCACUGAAGAGAUUUUGUUGCCCGUGCACCUGUUCUCAUCUGAUACAGCUUAACAAUAAGGGUGGAGACCGACGUGAAAAUGAAGUCUUUAAAAAUAACAGUGGCUCUCCUGCUGCUCGUCCAAGCCUUCGGGCUGGUGUCGCUCCAGACUACCCCCCCGAGUUUGACCAUCAACGAAUCCUGGCUGCGCGAGGAGGCCCCAGAUGCAAAUGCAGUUCAAGGCAAUGUUGCUGAAGAAGAAAAAGAGCAAGAAAAUGGAACUGAUUACAGCAGCGGGACGUCAUCGGGCGAUGAUAACAUGAUCCAGCAGAGGACCCUGACUGAGGAUCCUGUGGUCCAGAACGCCACAGUCACAACAACCAAAUCUCCACGUAACACCACGACGGCAGCUCCGGCUGCUCCGGCUGCUCCGGCUGCUCCCGCUACAACCACCGUGAUCCAAACCAACAAACCAGAAGCUGAAAACUCAAAAUCGGCUUCACAAAACGUCACCACGGUUCCGGAUCCUUCCGGGAGUGGCGGUAAGGUAACCUCGGCUCCAGAGCCGAGUUCCACUGCGAAGCCGGAUGGAGAGUCGAAGAACACCACUGGAUUUAGCAACUCCACAGCCGCAACAAACAGCACGGGAACAGGGACGGACAAGAUGUCAACCAGGUCUCCGUCCGUCUCCGUGAGUCCACAGAGCACCGAGAGGGUUCCCCAGACGACGGCCGCCCAAGUCCCAACGGACGACCCCGCAGGGCGAGAGUCGGCGCUGGAUCCGCAGGGAAGGGCCAGGCAGCAGGCCUGGGGGGCCGUGCUGGUGACGGCGGUGGUGGUGGCCUGUGUGGGCCUGGUGGCCUACAUCGUCCUGAAAAGGAAAUACCCCAAGGGCUUCUCGCACAGGAAGCUGGUGGAGGAGUAUCCGUCUGACCCAGUUCUACGGUUGGACAACAGUGAACCUCUGGACUUGAACUUCGGUCAAACGGGCUACCGCAACCCGGGCCUCCAGGGGGACGACAUCCAAAUGGGCCGGAUACCAAGACGUCAGAACUGAAAACGGACGGACUCUGAACUCCCUGGAAGGAAAAUCCAUCCAUUACGGUUUCCAGCUUUUCGUUAGACAGCUUGGUGGAUUCUUGUCAAUAACAGCGUUUUUAUGAUGGGAAUUACUAAAAGGGUGUGUAUGAGUGAGUGUGUGUGUGUGUGUGUGUGUGUGUGUGUGUGUACACAUCAGGUGUCAGUCGCCACAAAUGAUACUUAUGCCUGAUUAUUUACUUCUUGGAUUAGAUUUAUUUUGCUGACGACCGCCAAAUCGAACUGUCAGCCGCUGAUGUGUGUUGCCAAAGUGAAGUCUCUUUCUUCCCCAGUGGAAAUUGUGCUUUGCAGUAAAUGAAGGGUGUCACAAAACACAUUGCUUGCUUUGUGUGAAUAGAAGCCAGAACAUUUAGCUCGAGACAAGCGCAAAAAAAAAAAAAAAAAAAACAUUACCAUAUAAGCACAUUUGCUAAAGUGAACAAAGCAGAUUGCAGCUCCUGCUGAUGCAAAACAUUCAACACAGGGAGGAAAAAAAAGCAAAAAAAAAAAAAAGCACUGCUGUCCUGCAA